GGCACUGUGAGAUAAUAGGCUAUUGGAAAUAUCAAGGUCAACCACAUUCAUUGUUAUCCAAUUUCACACAUUCGGACGUUUGCGCACGCGAUAAAACUGCAUGCAAACUGACUUGCGUGGAGUCUUAAGACUCUUGAUUUGGCUUGGAGAGAGUGAAAGGUGACUCUCGGCUAUUCCUUCGCUUGAAUGUGCUAUGCUUGCUCCUUCACGGGUAUUUUAAACUUCGCAGCAACACAGAUUUGACACUAAUCUCAUAUUCCAAUGACAUAUUCUUCAUUUAGAAUACAUGGGCAAAUAAUUGAACACAGUUUUAGAGCAAAUCUUUCACACAUUUCAAACUCUUCAAAGCGCCCGCCCCAUCCAUUCUUUUGAAAAGACAGGUCAGCCUAUCCACGAUUUUGACCAAACAUUGCUCUAGCUAUCUAGCACACUGAUUGCAGGUUACUAAUCAGUUGCUCAUAUUAGCGCUGGAGCAAAACCCUGCGCACCAGCACUCCGGGAGAAGAGCUACUCAGCGCAUUCUGCAGACAUUCAUUUUAGCCACAACAUUCCUGUAUUCUAGGCAACAUUUACCACCUAUUUAAAUGCAUCUGAUCAGACUCAUGUUAUACCAUGUUUCAUUUGGUCUGUGCAUUCUCACCCUAUUCUCAUAUAUUCGGCCACCUGUUGGGAGGAAAUUGCAUUCUAAAUGGAUCUCAACUCCGGGCGGGGCUUAGACGUAGCAAGCCUAUGAUUACAGCACACGAAACACCAUCUGUUGUGUUUUGCUUCCGUGAAACCCGAGCCAGUAACUCUAUAUGCUGGUCUAACAAACGGAAAUUAAGAAUGGUUACAAAGAGGAUCCGAACGGAGUAUAUGAAGAGAUUCAAGGACCCGGAAUGGGAAACCUACGCAAAGUGUUAUGAGGAGAUGAUAAAGUACAGACUGACGAGAAGGCUUUUGGAACAAACUCAUAAUCCGUGGUUUUGGAACAAUGACAGUGACUCGGAAUCCAGCAGGUCCACUCCUCAAAAGAAUAAAGUUGAGCCAUUGGUCCUAAAAGAAGAUUCACAACGAGAAUGUGCGAGAAAGAUUCCACCAAAAGAACCAUUGGAACAGAAGAUCCCCAUUUCAGAAGAACUGCAAGAAGUUGCAACUCCGGAGAACUCACCACCCAUUGAUGUACAGGGUUCUGUGGACGUAGGCUGUGGAGAGACAGAGGAAGAGAAGCUGGGACAAGGAUUAAUUGCCCCUGAGUCAGGGAAGAAGCCAGAGGCCCAAACUAAAACCAAACAGUCCAGAAAGCACCCCAGGGCAUGGAGCCAGCUACGGAAGCCCAAAGAGACUGACAAGAAAAACAGGCACCCAUUUGCCCUGUAUGGAGGGGGUGAUAAGCCAGCUGAGAUGGCUAGGAAGAAGACUCACAAUGUGGGUCCAGCUGCAUCAACCAAGGAGAUCCACCAGUCUGCAUUACGGGCCAAAACCAGACGGGAGGUUGAGAAGCAGGUGCAGAAAGUGGACAAGUGGAGAGUGCGGUCUGCAGAGCUGGAGAAAGUGACCAUAACCAAACCUGACUUUGACCCCUGGAUGACAGAGUACAUGCGCUGCUUUUCUGCCAGGUCCUGAUAGAUAUAGAGUGCAAUACUUUUGAUUAACACAGGACGGGGAAUAUGGUAUUUGAAAUCAAAUAGAAAACAUGAAGAAUUAUUUUGUUUCCAAAGUUUGCAUUCACCAUGCUUUUCUCACAGCUUUUAAAACUUUUUAAUGUUCAUACAGUACAGUCGUGGCCAAAAGUUUUGAGAAUGACACAAAUAUUAAUUUUCCAAGUCUGCUGCCUCAGUUUGUAUGAUGGCAAUUUGCAUAUACUCCAGAAUGUUAUGAAGAGAGAUCAGAUGUAUUGCAAUGUCCCUCUUUGCCAUGCAAAUGAACUGAAUCCCCAGAAAGCAUGUCCACUGCAUUUCAGCCCUGCCACAAAAGGACCAGCAGACAUCAUGUCAGUGAUUCUCUCAUUAACACAGGUGUGAGUUUUGACGAGGACAAGGCUGGAGAUGACUCUGUCAUGCUGAUUGAGUUCGAAUAACAGACUGGAAGCUUCAAAAAUAGGGUGGUGCUUGGAAUCAUUGUUCUUCCUCUGUCAAUCAUGGUUACCUGCAAGGAAACACGUGCCAUCAUCAUUGCUUUGCACAAAAAGGGCUUCACAGGCAAGGAUAUUGCUGCCAGUAAGAUUGCACCUAAAUCAACCAUUUAUCGAAUCAUCAAGAACUUCAAGGAGAGCUGUUCAAUUGUUGUGAAGAAGGCUUCAGUGCGCUCAAGAAAGUCCAGCAUGCUCCAGGACCAUCUCCUAAAGUUGAUUCAGCUGUGGGAUCGGGGCAGUACAGAGCUUGCUCAGGAAUGGCAGCAGGCAGGUGUGAGUGCAACUGCACGCACAGUGAGGCGAAGACUUUUGGAGGAUGGCCUGGUGUCAAGGGCAGCAAAGAAGCCACUUCUCUCCAGGAAAAACAUCAGGGACAGACUGAUAUCCUGCAAAAGUGACAGGGAUUGGACUGCUGAGGACUAGGGUAAAGUAAUUUUCUCUUUUGAAUCCCCUUUCCGAUUGUUUGGGGCAUCCGGAAAAAAGCUUGUCCGGAGAAGACAAGGCGCUACCAUCAGUUCUGUGUCAUGCCAACAGUAAAGCAUCCUGAGACCAUUCAUGUGGGGUUGCUUCUCAGCCUGUCCCUGAUGUUUUUCCUGGAGAGAAGUGGCUUCUUUGCUGCCCUUCUUGACACCAGGCCAUCCUCCAAAAGUGGGCUCAAUCACAAUUUUGCCUAAGAACACAGCCAUGAAUAAAGAAUGGUACCAACACAUCCUCCGAGAGCAACUUCUCCCAACCAUCCAGGAACAGUUUGGUGACGAAAAUUCCUUUUCCAGCAUGAUGGAGUACCUUGCCAUAAGGCAAAAGUGAUAACUAAGUGGCUCGGGGAACAAAACAUCAAUAUUUUGGGUCCAUGGCCAGGAAACUCCCCAGACCUGAAUCCCAUUGAGAACUUGUGGUCAAUCCUCAAGAGGUGGGUGGACAAACAAAACCCCACAAAUUCUGACAAGCUUCAAGCAUUGAUUAUGCAAGAAUGGGCUGCCAUCAGUCAGGAUAUGGCCCAGAAGUUUAUUGACAGCAUGCCAGGGCGGAUUGCAGAGGUCUUGAAAAACAAGGGUCAACACUGCAAAUAUUGACUCUUUGCAUCAACUUCAUGUAAUUGUCAAUAAAAGCCUUUGACACUUAUGAAAUGCUUGUAGUAACAUAUUAACACAUUACAAAAUAUCUAAAGGCACUGAAGCAGCAAACUUUGUGAAAAUUAAUAUUUGUGUCAUUCUCAAAACUUUUGGCCACGACUGUACACUCCUACUCCUUCCAGGGUUUUUCUUUAUCUUUACUAUUUUCUACAUUGUAGAAUAAUAGUGAAGACUUCAAAACUGAAAUAACACACAUGGAAUCAUGUUGUAACCAAAAAAGUGUAAAACAAAUCAAAAUAUCUUUUAUAUUUGAGAUUCUUCAAAGUAGUCACAAGUUGCCUUGACAGCUUUGCAUUCUCUCAACCAGCUUCAUGAGGGAGUUACCUGGAAGGCAUUUAAAUUAACAGGUGUACCUUCUUAAAAGGUCAUUUGUGUAAUAUUUGUCCUUCUUAAUGUGUUUGAGCCAAUCAGUUGUGUUGUGACUAGGUAGGGUUGGUAUACAGAAGAUAGCCCUAUUUGGUAAAAGACCAAGUCCAUAUUAUAUCAAAAACAGCUAAAAUAAGCAAAGAGAAACGACAGUCCAUCAUUACUUUAACACAUGAAGGUCAGUCAAUGGUUUCUUCAAGUGCAAUUGCAAAAACCAUCAAGCGCUAUGAUGAAACUGGCUCUCACGAGGACCGCCACAGGAUAGGAAGACCCAGAAUUACUACCUCUGCUGCAGAGGAUAAGUUCAUUAGAGUUACCAGCCUCAGAAAUUGCAACCCAAAUAAAUGCUUCCCAGAAUUCAAGUAAGACAUCAACAUCAUGUGGUCAGAGGAGAAUGCGUGAAUCAGGCCUACAUGGUCAAAUUGCUGCAAAGAAACCACUUCUAAAGGACACCAAUAAGAAGAGACUUGUUUUGGCCAAGAAACACGAGCAAUGAACAUUAGACUGGUGGAAAUCUCUCUUGGUCUGAGUCCAAAUUUGAGAUUUUUGGUUCCAACCGCUGUGUCUUUGUGAGACACAGUGUAGGUGAAUGGAUGAUUUCCGCAUGUGUGGUUCCCACUGUGAAGAAUGGAGGAGGAGGUGUGAUGGUGCUUUGCUGGUGACACUGCCAGUGAUUUAUUUAGAAUUCAAGGCACACUUAACCAGCAUGGCUACCACAGCAUUCUGAAGCAAUACGCCAUCCCAUGUGAUGUGGGACUAUCAUUUGUUUUUCAACAGGACAAUGACCCAACACACCUCCAGGCUGUGUAAGGGCUAUUUGACCAGGAAGGAGAGUGAUGGAACGCUGCGUCAGAUUACCUGGCCUCCACAAUCACCUGACUUCAAUCCAAUUGAGAUGGUUUGGGAUGAGUUGGACC